AUAGGUUGUUGUGUAGCCUCUUUAGUCUUGGAAAUACAACAUAUUAUAAGUAUAUUAGGUAACAUAUAUGAUCAUAUCUCUAUAUAUAAAGUAGGUAUAUAUAUAUUUAGCGAGAGAGGGAGAGAGAUGGGGAGGCAACCAUGUUGUGACAAAGUAGGGUUAAAGAAAGGGCCAUGGACUAUUGAAGAAGACAAGAAGCUCAUCAACUUCAUCCUCACCAAUGGCCAUUGCUGUUGGAGAGCUCUUCCCAAGCUUUCUGGACUAUUGCGGUGUGGUAAAAGCUGCAGAUUAAGAUGGAUAAAUUAUUUAAGACCUGAUUUAAAAAGAGGUCUUUUAUCAGAAUAUGAAGAACAAAAGGUCAUUAAUCUCCAUGCGCAACUUGGCAAUAGAUGGUCAAAGAUUGCCUCUCAUCUACCAGGAAGAACUGAUAAUGAAAUAAAGAACCAUUGGAACACACACAUAAAGAAAAAGCUAAGGAAAAUGGGUAUUGACCCUUUGACCCAUAAGCCUCUCUCUGAACAAGAAGCUUCACAACAAGCUCAAGGGAGAAAGAAAAGUUUAGUGCCUCAUGAUGACAAGAACCCAAAACAAGAUCAACAAACCAAAGACGAACAAGAACAACAUCAAUUAGAGCAAGCUUUGGAGAAGAACAACACAUCAGUGUCUGGUGAUGGGUUUUGCAUUGAUGAAGUCCCAUUGCUCAAUCCACAUGAGAUCUUGAUCGACAUCUCUUCUUCUCAUCAUCAUCAUUCUAAUGAUGAUAAUGUCAAUAUCAACACUAGUAAAUUUACUUCUCCUUCUUCCUCUUCCUCUUCUACGUCGUCGUGUAUAUCAUCAGUAGUACCGGGUGAUGAGUUCUCCAAGUUUUUUGAUGAAAUGGAGAUUCUUGACCUCAAGUGGCUUUCAUCCGAUGAUUCUUUAGGGGACGAUAUUAGCAAAGACGGCAAGUUCAACAACAGUACUGUUGAUACGAUGAACUUGUGGGACAUCAAUGAUUUGAGCAGCUUGGAUAUGUUUAUGAAUGAACAUGAUGAUGGUUUUAUUGGAAAUGGAAAUGGAUGUUCAAGAAUGGUUUUAGAUCAAGAUUCAUGGACAUUUGAUCUCCUCUAGCUUUUAGUUUUUUCUUGAUGUUUUUUUAAUUAGAUUUUUUUUUUUUGUUCUUGAAGUAGUGGGGGGAUUUGGGGUUGGCUUGGUGUUGCAGUUUAGUGGAUUAUGGUGUACAAUACAUGUAAUAAAGAUUGCAGUUGUGGACAGAUCGUUUUUUCUGUUUUUUUUCCUUCACUUACGAAAUAUUUCUUUGGAAAAAUAUAUAUAAAACACCAUUAAAGU